GACACGCGUGGGGCUGUCAAUCAAGCGGCUUUUAAAUGGCUACAGUGCGGCCCGCGAGCGCUGCCUGAGCCGUCCCGGGGAUAGCUGCCGCUGCAGCGGUGUUUCUGCUGCUCCUGCUCUCCCUCCUCCUCCUGCAAUAGCAGCAACAAUCCACCAACCCGCACCCCGACCGGCCAUCGCUGAUCACCAACCACCAUGGCCAGCGAGGACGAGCAGGGCGGCUGCCCGACCAAGCAGAGGUUUGAGGAACUUUGUCAGAAAUUGAACAUGGACGAGGGUGCAAAAUGUGAGGCUUGGGCAAGUUACGAGAGCAUCAGAAGGAAAUACACUCUGGAGGGGGAAGAUCUUCACUGGUUGGCUUGUGCCCUGUAUGUAGCAUGUCGAAAAGCCAUUCCCUCAGUGGGAAGAGGAACUGUAGAAGGGAAUUGUGUCUCUUUGACAAAGAUCCUGCGCUCUUCUGAACUCAGUUUGAUCGAAUUCUUCAAUAAGAUGCAAAAAUGGGCAGACAUGGCAGAUCUGUGCCAAGAAUUCCGGGACCGUACAGAAAAGCUGGAGAGGAACUUCACAGUUUCUGCCGUCAUCUUCAAAAAGUGUGCGCCUAUUUUUCGUGACCUUUUUAAAGACCCUCAAGAAGAACAGCCACCACGACAGCACAGGGGUCGGAAGCAAAGACGACAGCCUUGUACAGUUUCUGAAGUGUUCAACUUCUGCUGGGUGCUGUUUGUUCAGACCAAAGGAAAUUUCCCUAUGAUCAGUGAUGAUCUUGUUAACUCCUAUCAUCUUCUGCUUUGUGCACUUGAUCUGGUAUAUGGGAGUGCACUAUUCUGUGCUCAUCGUAAAGACUUACUGAAUCCCAGUUUCAAAGGUUUACCAGAAGAUUUCCACAACAAAGAUUACAAACCACCUUCAGAGCCUCCAUGUAUUAUUGACAAGUUAUGUUCCGUACAUGACGGAUUGGAAUUGGAGGCAAAGGGUAUUAAAGAACAUUACUGGAAGCCGUACAUCAGGAAACUUUUUGAGAGAAAGAUCCUAAAGGGAAAAGCAGAAACUCUAACUGGCUUUCUGGACCCUGGGAACUUUACGGAAAGUGUAAAAGCUAUUAACAAGGCCUAUGAAGAAUAUGUGUUAACUGUGGGAAACAUUGAUGAAAGGAUUUUUUUGGGAGACGAUGCAAAUGAAGAGAUAGGAACCCCAAACAGGUUUCUGAGCAACAUGUCAAAUGCAGAAACCACUGAAAGGAUGCAAGUGGAGCACAGUCUUCAACAACAUUUUGACAAUUCCAAGGCACUCUCAGUUUCAACACCACUUACUGGUCGCAAGUACAUGAAGGAAGGCAACCUCUGUGUGACACCGGUAUCCUCUGCAACACAGUGUGUCAACCGUCUUCAUGCUAUACUAACCGGGCUGAAAAAUACCCCAAGUGAGAAAUUAUUACAGAUUUUCAGGUAAGCUAUAUAUGUUGAGGU